AUGAAGUACUCCGUCUUAACUCUGGCCGCCGUGGCCGGUACCGCUCUUGCGGUGGCCGUUCCGGACCCUAUGCCUGAGCCUGUGGCUGAUCCCUGGUGCUGGUGGAAGGGCCAGCCUUGCUGGAAGGCCAAGCGAGAGGCUCAACCCGAGCCUGAAGCUGUGGCUGCUCCUGAGCCCGAUCCUGUUGCCGAACCCAUGCCUUGGUGCACUUGGAAGGGUCAACCUUGCUGGAAGGAGAAAAUGAAGAUGAAGCGUGAGGCUCAGCCCGAGCCUGUUGCUGCUCCUGAACCCGACCCAGUCGCUGAGCCGAUGCCCUGGUGUACCUGGAAGGGUCAGCCAUGCUGGAAAGAAAAGAUGAAGAUGAAGCGCGAAGCUCAGCCUGAGCCUGUCGCCGCUCCUGAGCCUGAUCCAGUUGCUGAACCCAUGCCUUGGUGUACUUGGAAGGGACAGCCUUGCUGGAAGGAGAAGGUGAGAAUCAAGCGCGAGGCCCAGCCCGAACCCGAAGCCGUCGCUGCCCCUGAGCCUGACCCAGUUGCUGAGCCUAUGCCUUGGUGCACUUGGAAGGGACAGCCUUGCUGGAAGGAGAAGAUGGCCAAACGUAAUGCCCAGCCUGAACCCAUCCCUGAGCCCCAACCCGAUCCUGUCGCCGAACCCAUGCCCUGGUGCACCUGGAAGGGCCAGCCUUGCUGGAAAGAGAAGAUGGCUAAGCGUAAUGCCCAGCCUGAAGCUAUUCCUGAGCCCCAACCCGAUCCCGUUGCCGAGCCUAUGCCCUGGUGCACAUGGAAGGGACAGCCGUGCUGGAAGGAAAAGAUGGCCAAGCGUGAAGCUCAACCCGAGCCCGAAGCCGUUGCUGCUCCCCAACCCGACCCCGUCGCUGAACCCAUGCCUUGGUGCACUUGGAAGGGUCAGCCGUGCUGGAAGGAGAAGAUGGCCAAGCGUGAAGCCCGCCCCGACCCUGUCCCCGCUCCUCAGCCUAAUCCCGUCGCCGAGGCUGAUCCUUGGUGCACCUGGAAGGGCCAGCCAUGCCACAAGAAGCGCGAAGCCGCUCCCGAGCCUUGGUGCUGGUGGAAGGGUCAGCCAUGCUGGAAGAAGACCAAGCGCAACGCUGCUCCCGAGCCCAUGCCCGAGCCCGCCAACGAGCCCAGAUGGUGCUGGUGGAAGGGCCAACCUUGCUGGAAGUCUAAGCGUGAUGCCUCCCCCGAGCCCUGGUGCCUCUGGAAGGGUCAGCCAUGCUGGAAGGCCAAGCGCGAUGCCGGUGUCGCUCUCUCCAACGCUCUUCACUCAACCCGCGGCCUGACCACUCGCUCCAUCGUCGAGACCGAACACCUCCCCCGCGACGCCGCUCACCAGGCCAAGCGCUCCAUCGUCGAACUCGCCAACGUGAUCGCUCUCUCCGCCCGCGGCAGUCCUGAGGAUUACUUCAAGAGCCUGUACCUCGAGGAGUUCUUCCCCGACAUGCCCGCCAACGCUACCGCCAAGCGCGACGUCAAGACUCUCCAGGAGGAUAAGCGCUGGUGCUGGUGGAAGGGACAACCUUGCUGGAAGGCCAAGCGCGCUGCCGAGGCUGUUCUCACUGCCGUCGAGGGUGAGGAUGGUGCUGGUGCCCCUGGUGGUCCCGAGGAGCACUUUGAUACCUCCAACUUCAACCCCCAGAACUUUGCUGCCAAGCGCGAUCUCAUGGCUAUCAAGGCCGCUGCCCGCAGCGUUGUCGACUCCCUUGAGGGUUAA